GUGCAACUUGAUUCUUGUGUUAUUUUUAAAAGGCCAAGUUGAUUCGUCCCAUUUUUCCUUGUUUUUUCUCUUUUUCUUUUCUUCUUCUUACCUUUUUACUUUCUCCCCCCUUUAUUUUCCUUUUCUUUUUCUAUCUUUUGUGCGGGUGUGUAUAUUAUUAGAAUGGAGAAAAUAACACAAUCAAAUUAUCAUUCUACACCAGAUAAAGCCAGUAGCCACAGCAACACAUCAACUGCCAGUACUAUUGUAGGCGCUCAUUAUCAAGUGGGCAAGAAAUUAGGCGAAGGCAGUUUUGGUGUUAUUUACGAAGGCCUAAAUCUCUUAAACAAUCAAUCUGUUGCCAUCAAAUUUGAACCUAGAAAAUCCGAAGUGCCUCAAUUAAGAGAUGAAUAUAGAACUUAUAAAAUGUUAGCAGGCACUUCCGGUGUGCCAAGCGCAUAUUAUUUUGGUCAUGAAGGACUCCAUAACGUACUUGUAAUUGAUUUAUUGGGUCCAAGCCUCGAAGAUCUUUUUGACAUGUGCAGCCGUAAGCUGUCUAUCAAAACUGUCGCCAUGGUAGCCAAGCAAAUGAUUUCUCGCGUUCAAAGUGUCCACGAACGCAAUUUGAUCUACAGAGACAUUAAACCUGACAAUUUCUUGAUUGGACGACCGGGAACAAAAUAUGCCAAUAUGGUCUUUUUAGUUGACUAUGGUAUGGCUAAAUUGUAUCGUGACCCCAAGACAAAGAAGCAUAUUCCUUAUAGGGAACGCAGGAGCUUAUCAGGCACUGCACGUUACAUGAGUAUUAAUACUCAUUUAGGAAGAGAACAAUCAAGAAGAGACGAUUUAGAGGCCUUAGGCCAUGUCUUUAUGUAUUUCUUGAGAGGUUCUCUACCUUGGCAAGGUUUAAAAGCAGCCACAAACAAACAAAAAUACGAAAAAAUUGGCGAAAAGAAACAAACGACAGCUGUCAAAGACUUAUGUGGAGGAUUUCCAGAGGAAUUUGGCAUUUAUCUUCAAUAUGUCAGAAAGUUAGGGUUUGAAGAAACACCUGACUACGACUUCUUAAGAGAGCUCUUUGAUAAAGUGUUGGAACGCCAAAAUGAACACGAUGACAAUCUUUAUGAUUGGGUUCUCUUAAACGAAGGCAAAGGCUGGGAGAACCGCUUCAAGCAAUUGAAAGAAGCCCGUGCUAGAAGAUCUGGUCACCACCAUCAAACACAACAGCCCAAAGCACAUCAAAAUAAUAAAAGAGCAAAAGCAGCCAAUACAAAUACAACCAAACAUGCUAACAACAACGAUAUGCCCUCUACUCCUGCCUAUGUACCCCUCAAUGAUCAAACGAAACCACAUGCAAGAGAAAAACAAGGAUUUUGGAAACAUUUUGUUGGUUUCUUGACUUGCACUGGCGGUCAGCAUGACUAAUACCUCUGUAAUCUUAAUAUGUGUUUGCCUUUGACAUAAUACCCCAUUUCCUAUUAGUAUUCUCUCUCCCUUUCUCUCGCUCUUUUCUUUUUUAAUUAAUUCUUUAUAUUAAAUCAACUGGUUUUUUUUUAACUUUACAUUGUGUAUUCACAUAAACAUGUUUUACAAACCUGUUAGAUAUUGUACAUUCAGCAAUAGCUUUUGACUGCAGAAUAAACACUCAAUUUGUAU